GCACAACUACACGACAUGUAAACAAUCGUAUAAACACAUCUAAUAAUAUAUUUGAUUCUCCAAAGCUGCACAGCACCUUAGUUUGUCCACUGCUGUACAUAUUCUAAAACGCGUUUCGUUAAUAGACACGUUGUCCCAUUUCGCCUUCCGUAUGUAAAUACCGGCUGGUGUCAUGUCUGCUCCUAUGCUAAGCGCGUGGUAACACUGCUCGAUAUUUCCUCUGUUCUGUCCGUAGAUUCUGUAGAAGCUAUUCUCUCAUGGCAGAGACUAACCAAGAAAAAGCGACUGGACUCAAGUUCGCGGAGCAGCAACUUCUGCGUCACGGAUGGGAAAAAGGUAAAGGUCUGGGCAGGAGAGAGAAUGGCAUCUCCGAGGCUAUUAAAGUCCAAAUUAAACGUGAUAAAGGAGGGAUGGGCCAUAAAGAAGGAGAGCAGUUCACUUUCCACUGGUGGGAUCAUGUUUUUAACAAGGCCUCCUCUAGCCUGGUUGUGGAAACAGGACAGGAUGGUGUGAUGGUGAAGGCGGAAAAUGACAGCGGUAAUGGUUUGAUCUCCAACAAGAAGCCACGCAAAGCUAUGUUAGCCAAAUCCAUGCUGUAUGGAUCUUUUGUCAAGUCUGCAACUCUGCUCUCGGGUCAGCAGCACACAGAAAAGACCUCUGAUUCAGAUGAUAGCAGUAGCAGUAAUUCUGAAGAUGAGGACCAAAAACUGGACCUCUCCAGCACUACAAAGUUAUCAGAUGCAGACUUGAUCAAAGCUUGUGGAGGACGAACUGCACACAAGGGGGCCAGACAUGGUCUUACUAUGAGUGCCAAACUGGCCCGUCUGCAGCAACAGGAGCAAGAGUUCAUGAACAAGUACAGUAAAAAGAAUCAGCCUGCAGCAACAUGUACCAGCGGCCAAGUGUGUAAAAAUGUCACCGUCUUGAACCAUGAGGACAAUCCAGCUGCUACAGAGAAAACAAAACGCAAGAAGGCGAAAAGAAAGGAGCCAUCUGAGAAUGACGUCUGUGACAAUGGAACAGCAACAGAUAUUUAUGAAAGUAAUGAUGUUGAGGACAUGAAAAAGAAUAAAGACACUAAUGCUUUCGUGAAUGAUGCUUUAAUGAUGACUGCUGAGCCCAGAAAAAAGAAAAAGAGAAAUCGUGAAGUCAAGACCACACCUGAAGAGAGUUUUGAUGGGCACUGCAGCUCGGCCUCACACGCAUCAGAAAAACCACAUUUAAAAUCAAAUAAAACAACUUCAUGCCUACCAACAAUGAAGGAAGACAUCCCCAAGAAGGAGAAAAAGAAGCGAUUGUUCGCUGAUGUGAUCAGUGAAGAUUCCACAAAAACGAAACCACAGGAGCUUCGAGAAACAUCUGACAAUGUCUCCAAGCAAAAGAGAAAAAAGAAAUCCUCCAUGGACCACUAUGCAUCUUCCCUGACAGACUCCUCUGUGAUGAUGAUAACAGAGGACUCUAACACAGAAAAGCAGAAUAUGGACAUGAAAACGGGUGGACAAGAGAAAAAGAGAAAGAAGAACAAGAAAAAGAAAGUAAGAGAAAUUGAGGAGCAGGAGGUGGAAGAAAAAUUGACAUUAGAAGACUCUGUCCCAAAGAAAAAGAAAAAAGGCCAAAAAUUGAUGGUAGUUUGUGAGAAGAAACUGGAGUGCUAAAACUUUUUGAAUGACUGUUUAGUAUUAAACUAGAUGAUAUCAGAUGUUGUGAAAUAACACAUUAUUUAUUCUGACAGAUGGUUGAGCUUUUAAACUUGUUCCUCACAAAUGACAAUUCAUGGCACGGUUUCAUAGACAAGGUUUAUCUUAAACAGAGACUAUGCCUUAGUUAAUUUAGGCUGUUUAAGUCACUUUUAUUAAAAUGGCUUGUUAAAAAAACAUUACUGAUGUAAAUCUAGAGACUAAACAACAGCGCUGAUAUAUUUUAGGAUAUGUCAGGGCGAGUUAUUUUCAGUUGAGACAGCUUAAAAUAAAUUUUAUUCUGGGACUAGUUUAAACCUUGUCCAAACUGGGGCCAUUAGUUUGGGUGUCCUUAAAUUGUGUUAGGAUAUAUUGUAAGGUUUUACAAAUUACAAUGAAAUAUUAACUAGAUAUUAAGAACAUAAUGGAGCAGCCUGCAGCUGAACAGUUUCUCUCACUUUUUUCUUUUGAUUUUCUGAUUUAUUUUCCUAACUUACAUACUUCACUUUAAAAUACAUCUUCAUGUGCCACACUGAGAUGUCAGGUUAUUUCUUCAACAGUGCCAAACUGUAAUGUUAGUACACUUUAAAUUUACUGACAUUUUCAUUAAAGUCCAGCUGUGUGACUUUUGCUUGAGUAGAUCAACAAUAAAUGUUUACAUAACUCUUUUUUUA